GGUCUCGACACGCUCGGCUUCGAGGCGCGCGGCCUCGAGGCGCUCGGUUUCGAGGCGCGCGGCCUCGACGCGCUCGGCUUCGAGGCGCGCGGUCUCGACGCGCUCGGCUUCCAAGCGCGCGGCCUCGACGCGCUCGAAUUCGAGGCGCGCGGCUUCGAGGAGGCGGUCGGCCUCGACGCGCGCGGCUUCGACGCGCUCGGCCUUGACGCGCUCGGCUUCGAGGCGCGCGGCUUCCAGGCGCUCGGCCUCGAGGCGCGCGGCUUCCAGGCGCUCGGCUUCGACGCGCUCGGCUUCGAGGCGCGCGGCUUCGACGCGCUCGGC